CUACCCUUCCUUUCAGGGGUCGUCUACAGCCCCCUUAACCACACGUUUACUUGUUGGGGUUAUCUUGCUGACCUGUGUCUUUGUCGACUAGCACAUCGAGGCCGGCCGUCCUUAAGGCAACCCUUCUACAUUCAUGCACGAAUAAGCCCGACUCGAUAUCUUUCUUCCUUUGUUCAAGCAUUCUGUUGAUGCAAGAGAGUCUGCUUCUGGAGCGUUCCAGCCAAGUUCCAGUCCCCCCAUCAUUGUGGCGAAGAGUCAGCUGAGAUCAUUUGUAAUGAUCACUCGGUUUUCCUACUUCGCCCGUGUAACUUAGAAACGUGCGUCCCAUCUGAUGGAUGCCUGCUGUCAGCGUCUGAUCCGCACUCGCGUGCGCACAGUAUUUCAGCCUCAGUUGCCCACUCCUUUGGGGGUUGAACUUGUGGGGCAGCAGUGGCGUAAUCCGCAGUCAUUGCACUCCGUAAAUCAUUGCAAAUCUUAUUGUAUCACUAUUGUCAUCAUUACGAUCUUGUCCAGAUCGGUAUUCUGUCCUGGCUUAGAUAGCAUACGCUGUACCAUGUCCCACCAUUACAGGAGCCAACCAAUCAGCCCCAGGGCGUAUUAUCGUAAUGCACCGCCUCAGGAUCACCCCACAAAGGCUUCAGCAUCAUGGGGAGGCACAAGUACUUUUUCGCAGGACCAAGCUUACGGUCAAGAAUUCGCCGUUGAUAAGGACGCAAAGUGUCCGGGGCGCUCCAAUAUGACGAAGUACCCGAGUCAAGAGACCCUCAAUCCCGAUCGAAGGAGAAUAGCGAGACUCGAUGGGUUCUCUUACAGCGCGAGGAAGCCCCAAGAGGCAGAUCACCGACUGUGCGAGACAAGUGCGUGCACAAGCCAGACAACCACCAGAAAACCCAUUCAUGACAGAUACACCUACCCAUUGCUCAUAGAGGCGUACUGGGAACCCCUCGUUUGCUUCGACACAUCGUAAUAAGAUUAAGUGAACUAUCACAAAUGCGGUCUCGGCCUACACUGCGAGUCCCUUGCAAAGCCAACGAGACCUGCACUAGUCCUGGCACACGAAAAACGGCGACCAC